AUUACACAGGAUUCUUUAGGCGGUAAUACAAAAACUCUUAUGAUUGCAUGUAUUUCACCAGCAGAUUAUAACUAUAUCGAAACAAUUUCAACACUUCGUUAUGCAGCUCGUGCAAAAAAUAUUUCUAACAAGCCCAAAAUUAAUGAGGACCCUAAAGACGCAAAACUACGAGAAUAUCAAGAUGAAAUAAUUAAAUUAAAAAAACUUUUAAAUGACACUAAUAUAAAACUCUCAUUGCAACACAUUCCUGCUGAAAAUGACUCAACACUAAAACAGGAAAAAGAAAUGGAAAUGAAAUUUGAAUCAUCGCAACUGGAACAAACAAGCCAAGAAAAACAUGUUCAUGACAUUGAGCAUUUGCGCAAUCAUUAUGAAGAAAAAAUAAAAAACCUCACAUCAAAUAAGUUAGGGCAAGAGGACGUAUAUUUAAAUGAGAUUCCCUUAAACGAUAAUGUCGCGUCAACGGACAUAAUUCAGUUAGAAGCUAAACAGCGUAUAGAAGCUAUAAAGCAAAAAUUAAUAGGAGGAGAAUGUGCAGAUGACAUUCAAUUAAAGGAACGAAGACAAAGAAAAAAAAUCGAUGCCCAGAGAAGAUUAAGUGCACUAGCUCAUGCUCUCAGUCGCGUCGAGCAAACCGAAGACCGCGAUUUGUUGCAAGGACACUACACAAACAUUCAACAGGAGAUCACUGAAAAAAAUGAGUAUCUUAGAUUGUACAGGCAGAAAAUUAAAACACUUGAACGAGAAAUAUCUGAUUUGCAAGCUGAAUUUCAGUUAGACCGAGCUGAUUACUUAGAAUCAAUCAGAAGACUAGACAGAAACUUGAAAUUUUAUCAGCAAUUGAUGGAUAAGGCGAUACCCAUUCUUAGAAAAGAUGGAAAAUACUGGGACGCUGAUGAAAUUAUUCGAAACUCAUUUUGGAAUGACGAUCUAAAAAUAUGGAAACUUCCAGAAUCAUCUAUGUGUAGUUUCAAACUUCCAUAUGCGGCGAAUUCUGCUGCAAAUGUUUCGCGUAAAUCAGUAAUUCUUAGCUCAUCAUCUCAGCAUGAAGAAAUAAUUGAUGAAAAUCGGAAUAAUCAAAGCAAAAGUGUACAGGAUACAGAUGAAACUACAAACACUAGUUAUAUCGAUAAUGAGAAUAUAUUAAGAAAUUACUUUCGAUCACACCGUCAGAGAAAAUCAGCUGUAAUAAGUAACAGAAAAACUGCUGACUGCUGGAAAGAUUUAACUGAAUACAGCAAAGGAACCCUGCAGCGUAGUCAGAUUGAACAAAAUAUGAAAUGGAAUAAAGUACAAGCACUUAUUAAAGAACCUCGGAAAAUUACUUUGUUCCCAGAAGAAAUAUCUGAUAAAAAUUCAGAUUUAAAAAAUUCAAACACAUGGAGUUAUCCUCUCCGAACCGUUGACAAAAGCAAUAAUUAUUUGAAUAAGACAUGGUGUGGGAGCAGUAGCAGUGAUAUUGGAAAACAUAAAUUAUUCGCCUUGAAUAAUCUUCAAGAAUAAGUACAAAAUAUCGAAACUUAAGCACUUGACUGUUGAGAUUAUUUAUUUAUAAAGUUUUAUGUAUGUUAAAUUAUUUUGUUAAUCUA